UGGUAACUGUAUUCAUUUGUUUCUCUCUUUAAUUUAUCAUAUUCACAUUCUUCUUAGUUGUGCAGCCUACGUUUUGCCCUCUUGUGGGAUGUUGCUGUCAUGUACUGAUGAAUGUGUAUUCAAUACUUUUAUCCAUGUGGUUACUGUGGUCCUCAGAGGAAAUAGCUCAGGACAGUGACCAGUCAGACUUGGAUGAAGACGACGACCAGAUGGCUGCUUCUACAUCAUUUUCUACGCCCUCCACACCUUCAUCAUCCUCCAGACCUUCAUCCUCCACACCUUCAUCAUCCUCCAGACUUUCAACGUCCUCCACACCUUCACCAUCCUCCAGUCCUUCAUCAAAUAAAUCCAGUGAGAGAGAGAGAUCCACCAGUGGAAAGCACAGCACACCUCCAGCUCAAGGUUCUUCACAAAGGAGAAGAAAGUGGUCGGAGGAGGAGGUCCAGGCAGUGGAGAAGACGCUGAAUAGCUUCAUAAGGUCCAGGAGGGUUCCAGGAAAAGCAGACUGCGUGAGAUGUAUUGAGGAGUCUCCACAGGCCCUACAGGACAGGAGCUGGACAGCAGUAAAGUUCUAUGUCAAAAACCGAAUUGAUGCUGCCAAAAGAGGGAGAUAAGCUGCUGCUGCUCUGAAUUUAUUUUCAGUUAAGAAAAAGAGUUGAGUUGAAUUAGAACAGGUAUUCUAUCUUGCCAAGUUAAAAUGCACAAUAUUUGCAUUUCGUUCUGUGAUUAAUUUUUUGAUGUGCAUCUUUAACAGUGUUGGUUGAAUAAGCUGCCAAAGAGGGAGAUGAGCUGCUGCUCUGAGUUUAUUUUGAGUUAAGAAAAAGAGUUGAGUCGAGUUAGAAUAGGUUUUCUAUCUUGCUCUGGCAAGAUAGGCUCCAAGCUCUGGGCUCUG